CAGCUUGCUGUUCCUUGAUAUGGCUUCUGGAAGGAUCAUUAAGCUGGUGGUUUUUGAGCUUCUGGAGCUUGCUGCUUUCUCCAUUCCCACCCUGGUGAUGAUGGAACAGUUUGCCACUGCUUAUCAAAAGACAAAGCAGAGUUCGGAUAAAACACACUACUGGCUGGUUGUCUCCUGCUCCAUUGCCUAUGUGGCUUCAGUAACUCUAUUAAUUUGGGUUCCCAUAAAAGUUCUCUUAUACAAGAAGCAGCAUCUGUACAAAAAAAUUACAGGAUGGAGACCCAUUCUGAUGAUGUGUGUAAUCCUCACCACACUCCCGAGCUUCAGCUUCUCUAUAGCUGUGACGGAGGUUCAAAAGAAUGUCAAUGGCUCCACUGUGGACCUGCUGCCGGAUUCCUUACCUGACCUGCCAGUUUCUCUGGUUAUCUUAUCCUUGAUCCUUGUUGACAUUAUUGAAAAACUGAGGCUCUACCCUCUUAGAGGGAGCCAAAAGUGUUCCGAAGAUGCAUACAUCCAUACGAGUUCUUUGCAACAGAUAAAGACUGUGACGGAUCAAGUGAGGCAAAAUGAAGAGAACCUAGCACCUUCCCAGGCAGCCAAGACCACCCCUGAGGUGCAGCCACAGAGGCGGGCUCAUGUACUAACAGGACCCCGGGAGCCCUACUUUCACUCUGGAGUUCUGAGGACGAUGUCACGGAGAGAUGUCCGUGCAGAUAUAUUCCUGUGGAGCUUUCUGCUGUGGUCUGACACUAUAGAAAUGGUGCGCGUGGCUGGUCACCCUGCCGUGUACAAGUCAGGCUGGCUGUACCCAGUCUACAUAUUCAGUUUUAUUUCUCUCCUUCGAAUAAUAUUCACGCCCCAGAACCCCCUUCUGAGCACUUCAGGCAUACUCCUGCAGGAUUUGCCCUUUGUGUUUGUUAGGCUUAGUUUAAUCAUCGUCCUGGGGACAAUCACACCUAUUUUAGGACUUUGUAAAAAUGUGCUAGUGACAUUCUCAUAUAUUUACUUCAAUUAUCUAACCAAACUCAGGCCUUUCUCUUCCUUUGAAAUAUCUCCAUAAUAAGAGGAAAACUUUCAAGAUUAGAAGACCUCUUUGCUAUGCCUAUAUGCACAUUUGUAAUCUUUUUACUGAGACAUGAAUAUUUGCAUUAUAUAAAGAAUGAAAAAUAGAUGGAAGAGAAAAAAUAUUUUUUUAAGCUAGCUUCUCUGUUUAUCUGUUUUUAUAUAGACAAAUGGUGCUAGAUUUCAGUAAAGUUGUAUUUUUACCAAUUGGCCUCCAUGGGCUGCUAGAACAUGUUAGAAGUUGCAUCUUAAUUAAUUGAUUUUAAUGAGUUACAUUACUGAAUUUUUUCUACAACAUUGUUUAAGUCUUUUUAAAAAAUGGGAGCAUGGUUUUAUUUCCACGUUAGCUAAAAAGUAAGAUUUUAUACAUGACUUAUGUAAAUAUGAGCAUAGGAUGAACUGAUUAAAAUUGGU